ACUAAAUUAAACCAACCCAAAGUCCCACUCCAAAAAAGGCCCAAACACCGACGGUGAAAGGGGGAGAGAACGCAGUAACUUUGAAGUGGCCAACCCUGGCGGUGUCUGACUCUCGCGAUGACAUCGUUGCGGGGCGGAGGAUCGACCAAGACUUCCGCUCCAGUUCUGCUGGCCGUGUUUUGGUACGCGUGAAAAACAUCCUCCCUCUUCACCCACACAGCAUCAAAUACAGCAGAUAGCAAGACGAAAGAAAAAAGGAAAAGAAAAUGCAUCGCAAAAUCGAACUCCAAUCCCCCGCAGACUUCACCUACCUCUACGCCAACACGGUCGCAGCCUCUCGCCAAAAAUUAGAUCUUCAUCUCCCCCCUUCCGCAACCAACAAUGACGAGCCCGAUCCGAUGCGAGAACGUGUAAGGGAAUUAGUCGAUGAGUACAUCCUCAAAACCUUCACCACCGCCUCCUCCUCAAUCAGCAUCAACGGUCUCGACUCCUCCUCCCCCCAAUUCCCCUUCCCGGCCGCCUUCACCACCCCCACAGAAACAGUCGAAUAUGAAGCCUACGACACCAAUCUCGCGGCCCGCGUCACCUCGCUGUAUGCACAGUUGGAGUCGCUCACGACCAGCGUUGCGCAGUUGAGGCGGGAUGCUCCCCGGCGCGCGGCGAGGGCGUAUGCCGAUCAACUGAAACUUGCAUUGGAGGGGGAUGAGGAUGAAAAUGAGGAUGGGGAGGGUGAAGGGGAAGGUGAAGGGCAAGAGCAAGGGCAAGCGCAGAAAGUAGAAGGGGAUGUCCAGAUGCCUGAUGCUGAUGGGGAUGAAAAACCGAGUGCGAGUACUGCUACUCAAUCGCGCAAAUCCGCCAAAGAAGAUUGGAAAUUACAGGUUCCGCUCGGUACACAGCAUGAGGCGGAGCGGUGGCGGAAUGGGGAAAUGGCCGAGGUCUACGAGGAUGCGUUGCGCACUUUGCUUCGACUCCAAGGUGAUGCGGAUGACGCCGAUGCCAACGCAGACGGAGGAGCGCAUAAUGCUCUAGCCACGACAGUAGGCAAGGCUGAAAGAGCCGGUCGGGCGGCCGAGGUCGUGGAAAAUAUGUGAUGCGUUUGGGAUAUAUUUGGUUUUGAUUUAUUUCAUGGCGUUGAUUAGGCAUUAUGAUACCAAUCCAGUUAUGGGUAUUCAACCCUACAUGACUCGUUUCAGAUAUAGGCAAUUCGAUUUAUGUACUCCGUACGGCUAUUCACCAUAAUCUCGACUCCGUACAUCCAAUCUACCAACAUAAACCAGCGCUUUUGUAUUCUGUUCCCGUAAUUACUAUCCCCAGUUCCCAUCUAUCAAAGCACCACACGCCGCUCGUUCUGACUCGCUUAGCAUCUAAAGCCCGAAGGCCAAGACAUGAAAAAA